AUCAAAACAUUGUUUAUGUUUUCAGGUGCAGGAAUGAACAUCCCCCUGUGGGAUUUUGUUGGAACGACCAUGGUAACUAGUAAUUAUAUACGUCUUACACCAGACAGGCAGAGCUCACAGGGCGCAAUAUGGAACAGUGUGCCUUGCAGAGUAAGGAACUGGGAGUUACAUGUACAUUUUAAAGUCCAUGGUCAGGGAAAGAGUUUAUUUGGUGAUGGCUUUGCAAUUUGGUAUGCAAGAGAUAGAAACCAGUUAGGUCCUGUUUUUGGAAGUAAAGACUAUUUUGUUGGAUUGGCAGUUAUAGCAGAUACCUACAGCAAUCACAAUGGGCCACAUAAUCACCAGCAUCCGUAUAUCUCUGCCAUGGUAAAUAAUGGUACCCUGCACUAUGACCAUGAUCUGGAUGGUACCCAUACAGAACUUGCUGGGUGUACAUCAUUGUUUAGAAAUGCUGAUCAAGAUACAUACUUAGCUAUUAGAUAUGAAGGAAAUACUUUAAAGGUAUCUAUGGAUGUUGAUGGGAAAGACGGAUGGACAGAAUGUUUUAAAGUGGAAGGUGUAAGAUUACCUGUCGGCUAUUAUUUUGGUGCUUCAGCUGCCACUGGUGAAUUAGCAGAUAAUCAUGAUAUUAUUUCAAUGAAACUUUAUGAGUUAGAUUUACCAGAAGAUCAAGGAAAGGAAGAAUACAGGGGCUUACCAGAAGCUGAUUUUUUUGCAGCUCCCAGAGAUCAUGUAGAUGAUCCAAAAGGAGGCUUUACAUCCAGUGGUAGCUGGUCAGGAUGGAAAAUAUUCUUUGUUAUUGUACUCAUUCUCAUCGGGCUAAUAGUCUGUGGUGCAGUUGCAUUUGUGAUUUUCAACAAAGACGAUCCGACGAAACGAAAAAGAUUUUAUUGACCUAACAGCAUAAUUGCUACAUGUUCAGACAUUGUCAUUUAAAAUCUAGUUGAUUUUUCAAAGGAUUUUCAAACAAGGAUUAUAUGCAGUAUACAUUUAUUGUGCACUUCUCCACAUGCAUAAUGCUCAGUGGUAAAAAAGAAGGAUCAGGGCGUUUCAAAAUCUGGUCGUUAGUGCUUACUCCUUCUCCUUAUGGACGUGGAAUCAAUCUUGAUGAACAACUUUAGCUUCAGAUAGCUCAAAUUAAGGCAGUAAGACUGGAAUAGGUGAAUAUGACAAUGAUUGAAGAAAACAUGCACAUCAGUUGUAAGUUGGCCAGUGUAAGGUGUCUAGGAUUGAUGGUGAAGCUAUUGUUGCUGAUCAUAUUUAAAAAAAAAAAACCCUGAAUUGAUUUGUCACCUUGUUGCAAGCAGUGUAUAGUUGUAUUAGCAUAAAGAAAAAAUUAAACACUUCAUGCGCCAAGGUGGCCAGUGGUGCUAAUCAAAAGUUUUAUUUGUAGUCAAUAUAAAAUGGGAUUUAAGGGGGACCAAACUACUUGAGAGUUGACUAACAAUAUGUUAAAGUGAUGUAAGCAGUAUGCUUAGAUUCCAUUCUUUAUCCUGUUUAACCAAGACAUAGUAAGUAAAAGAACUAUAUGACUUUUACUGAACAAGUGACAUUUAUAUAUUAAAGGUCAUCUGCAAAAGUUAUGAUACAUGCACUUGAAUAUUUUUCUGUAGUGUAUUUUGAUGGUUUGUUAGAAAACUGAAGUUUGUUAGCAAACAGAACUUCAGUUUUCACAAAUUUUGGAUUUGCAUAAUCAGAAGUUUUAAAAGUUGAAGAGAAAAAAAAUGAAUCCUGUUUUUUCCUUUCCAUUCACAAAAUAGUUGAAACACCACUGCCUUGAUGAAUGUUUUUGUUUUAUUUAUGUAAUAUAUGCAAUUUUGAAUCAAGUGUAACUCAAACUCUGUUUUAUGGUGGAGUUAAGUUGGACUGAAGGUUGCGGAACUUUACUGAUAUUCAGCAUUUUCCUUGAGAUAAGUUUAAGUUCUCAGUAAAUAUUUUUGGCAUUUUUCGGUUGUUAUUAAAACCAUUAUCAUGCU